UCGUGGCAUGGAAAUGGUUAAACUGUUGGAGUUGACUCGCUUCGCUUUCUGUCUUCUCGAGUUGAUUUGGGGGGGAAAAACAGCGGCAACACGGAGAUGCUGAGCGGAGGGUUUUUCUAAUCGCCCGUCGGUGUUCAAUGACAUGAGCAGAUUUGCUAAAACACCAAAUAAUGGCAGGGAACCUCAGCUGCUACGAGUCUCUAGAUACCCCUGUCGCAUAGAAAAGCCGCAUUGUUGAGCAAAAUCCGUGUAACCGUGAGCAGCAAUAAUGCGAGGGGCGGACAGCAGCAGGUCUGCCGUGAUUGUGCUCUGCCUGCUGGGAUGCGAUUUAUGGACGGCGGCCGCUAAAACACUGCAGGAGAACAGCGAUGCCAAAGAAGUGGCGCUGAAGGUUCACCUGAGUGACGCUAGCACUCAUCAGCCUCUCUCUGGCGUCAUCGUGGAGAUCUUCACUAACCACACCCCUGUUGCCUCGGAUAUCUCUGGAGCCGAUGGCAACGCCUUCAUCAGGUUCCCCUAUCGUCUUGGCGACCUUCUUGUAGUCACGGCAACCAAGCGUGGCUACGUACCCAACUCCAUUCCAUGGCGACCAAGCAGGCUACCUGUCUUCUCAUCUCUCAGUCUGGAUCUGCUUCCUGAGAGGGCUGCUACUCUGAUGGUGUAUGAUGACGUGGUGCAGAUUGUCUCUGGAUAUCAAGGUUCAAAGCUGCAGCCAUCAGUGCAGUUCCAGAGAAGAGCAUUGAGUCUUCCUUCUAAUGUAACCUACACCAACCUAACCGCCUUCCUCACUGUGAGCAGUUCAACACAAGACACGCAGUACUUCCCCUACCUGCAGGGGCUUCAUCCCAACUACACAGGCAGUGAUCGAAAGUUUGAGUUGACUCCUAUAGCUGCUAUCAGUGUCCAUCUUUUGGGCAGUGAUGGGACAGAGCUUCAUGUCAGUGAGCCAAUCAGUGUGAGCAUCCCUCUUCCAGCAAACAGUGGAUUGAAAGAGAAUGAUCACAUUCCUGCCUGGAGGUUUGACCCUAAACUGGGGGCCUGGUUGAAGAGCAGUCUGGGAUACAUCCAGAGAGAGGGGAAGCAGCUAACUCUCACAUAUAUUGCCCCUCAGCUUGGCUAUUGGGUCGCAGCCAUGUCUCCCAUAAACACAGGUCCAGUGGUGGCGAAGGACAUUAGCACUUAUCACACAGUCUUCCUGCUGGCCAUACUAGGAGGCAUGGCCCUGAUACUGCUCUUUCUGCUAUGCCUGCUGCUCUACUAUUGCAGGAGGAAGUGUACCCGCUUGCGGCCUGCUCACAGGAAGUUCACUCUAUCCUCAGCUUUGGAUGGCUCUAAACGAGACCAGGCUACUUCCAUGUCCCACCUGAACCUCAUCAGUGAGACUCACCUAGACCACAGCGGGGCAGAGCCGGACAUGCACACGCCUAUGCUUAAACCCACCCCCUACGACUCCUCCACCAAUGAGCUUGCAGCUUCACAUGGUGAGCUCCAUAGCCGGGGAUCCAACCACUAUAAACACUCAGUAGAGAUAUUUCCCCUCAAAUCAGCUUGUUCAAACAAUCCCUCCGAGGGUUACGAUUCCCCGGCGGGACGCGGGGAGUAUCGGCGAAGCUAUACAUCUAUCACGACUUCAUCUGUCCAUCCCCUCCACAUGUCCGUCUCGUCCUCAUCCCCCCAUCCGUUGCAUCACACCACCUCUGCGGGACGUCUCUCUUCAGAGAGUAAAUCGAGCCUGCGAGAUCCCCGUCUCUCUCCUGUUUCAGCCACAUCCACAAGUCCCGCCGGAUCCCCAGAACGGGAGCAAGGAAUCGAGCGGCGGGCGGCUGAAUACAUGCUGUCCCGCUCUGUAGACCAUCUGGAGCGUCCCACCCCACUUCCCCGACCUGGAGCCUUGCUCUGCUGCACCUCCGAAUUGCAAGUCAACCACGGGGAAGAGACGUACCGCAAGGCUCGGCCUACCCUUGUUAUUCCCGCCCACUACAUGCGACUUCCAGGGACGCACCCUCUGUCAGGCCAGGCGCUGCUUUUGCAGUCAGACGAACAGAGUGAAUUGGAAAGCAUUCAGGCGGAGCUUAGCGCGUGCCAUCAGCCCCAGGGCCAAGUCCUGCAUCCAUGGGGCAAAGGAGAGCAAGAAGGAGGGCCACAAGGGACGGGGGAAAACCGAGGCGGAGGAGCAGAGGAGUGGACGCUGCAGACAGCUGCUCUUCCUGCCGAUCUCUCCAUCCCCAACUCUCUCAGUCAGGCGGGCUUGGACGUAGUUCAGAUGAACGGAGAAGAUCAGCUUCUGGCCGAAAAGACUUUGAUGGAGCUCAGGGGAGGAAAGCCACUCCCCCACCCCAGAGCUUGGUUUGUGUCACUGGAUGGCCGCUCCAACGCGCAUAUCCGCCAUUCCUACAUUGACCUGCAGAGGGCAGGAUGUAACAGCAGUUGUGUCGGAAGCAAUGACGCCAGUCUGGACUCUGGGGUUGAUAUGAGCGACAUCACACCGGGGCGGCGUGUUCGUGAUAAAAUCAGGGUUAAAGCUCAAGCUGGGGCUCAGCCCACUGUGCCGGUGGUUGGAUAUACGCCACUAGUAUUUGUAGAGGAUUCAAAUGCUAAUGCAGAGAGCAGUGGUAGCCCCACACCAGUCUGCAGCCCUGAAGAACACUCUCUUGGGGGUUUAUUACAGGAAAAAGAGAGGGAGGAGGAAGAUGAAGGGACUUUGUCGCCCCCGACACCUCCACCUGAGCUUCCUUCACCACCUCCUCUCCCUGAUCCUGUGGUUGAGACAGCAGAGGAGACGGGGACAGAUAGCGAGGUUUUUAGGACUGAGGAGACUCAAAUGCACAUGAGCAGCAGCCGGCCAGACAACCUGGUCGUGCCUGAUGAAGGUGGUGAAGACGAGAACAAGAAGAGUCCAUGGCAAAAAAGAGAGGAGCGACCACUACUGGCCUUUAACCUAAAAUGACAUGUAUUUUAAAGGGAUAGUUCACCCAAAAAUAAAAAUUCAUAAUUUGCUCACACGCAUGUCUUUCCAAACCUGUAUGACUUUCUUUAUUCUUCAGGACACAAUCUUAAAGAAUUAGUUCACUUUAAAAUGAAAAUUACCCUCAAGCUAUCCUAGGUGUAUAUGACUUUCUUCUUUCUGAUAAACACAAUCGGAGUUAUAUUAAUAAAUAUCUGUUGCGUCAGUUACGUUUUUUUCGUAAGUUGAAUACGGAAGGCGUAGGACGUAGCGUAAGCAUUUUGAACUGCGAGAGGCGUUACACUUUCUUCGUAAGUUGAAUACGGAAGGCGGUCUGGCAGAAGCUAGAUAUUUUACUUUGUAACUUGUUAAAUAUGGAUAUUUUACUUACACAAACGCAUCGCUUCGCUUCAGAAGGCCUUUAUUAACCCCCUGGAGCCGCGUGGAGUACACAUUUAUCAUGGAUGGAUGGACUUUUUGAGCUUCAAACUCAUUGGUCCCAUUCACUGCCAGUAUAAAGCUUGGAUGCAUCAGGAUAUUUAUUAAUAUAACUCCGAUUGUGCUCAUCAGAAAGAAGAAAGUCAUAUACACCUAGGAUGGCUUGAGGGUGAGUAAAGCUCGGGGUAAUUUUCAUUUGAAAGUGAACUAAUUCUUUAAAUGUCUGAUUGUCCAUACAGUGAAAGUCAGUGAGAACAGAUGAAACAUUCUUCAAAAUAUUGUACUUUCUCCUGCGGAACAUGAAAAGUCAUACAGGUUUGAAAUGUUGUGAGGGUGAGUAAAUGACCGAAGUUUAAUUUUUCUGGGCGAACUGUUCCUUUAAGUGCUUCCCCUGUGGUCCCUUGCUGGACUGUUGAAUGGAGUUGCCUUAUGAGCGCAGGUCUGUGCGUGGCUAUUUGCCUGUGGCAAUGAAAGCCAAAAAAGCCAUAGCACAAAUAAUUAUUGGAGCUGCUCUGCCUCACGACUGAAUGAGGAAGAACAGAAGUUUCCAAGCAAAAAAACACCAUUAAAUACCACCAAUCUAAUGCACAAAUGCUAUGGCUUUCCAGACAUACACUUUCAGCAAAAAAUAUCGCAAGCCAUUGUAUUGAAGGUGAAAUGUUGUUUAAGCUUUAUGAGAUGCUGCUGUUUUUGAGCAAUAUGACAUCUAGUGGCAACAUGUGUACACUGCAACUAUACCACUAAGUGUUUCCCAGCACUUAUUUUUGAACAUUUUAUGGGAUGACCGGUGGAAUGUCUUCCACAUCUUAAUGGGUUAAAACACAUAAAACCACUAUAAUGGGAUCUACAAUCUAAAUCUCACCUAUUUUUAGUUUUAUUGGUAUCAUGCAUUCAUGAGUAGAAUACAGCUGAAGCUUUGUGAAACCAAAUAAGUUUACAUAAUGCACCAUUUGUUCCUGUUAAUCAGUCAUUUUGGCUUUGGUGUUGAACGCAGAUUUUCAAAUGUGAUUUUCAAUUUCUUGCGACUCUAGCAUAAACAGUAGGACUUUUGCCAACAUUGCUAGUGGACUUCAGACAAGCAGACCCACCUGUAAAAGAAAACAAAACACUAUGCAUUGCUUUAAACUGAAGGAUCAUAUAGCUUUAGAUGCCUUUUUUUAUUUUAACCACUGUAUUUUAAUUUCAAUGUAUGUUGUAUUGUUAUAAUUAUUUUGUUUUGGACUUGCCUUAGUGUGUGAGUGCAGUGGACGGCACAUUUAGACUGGAUUCAGACACACUCACUCACAUAAACAGCCACCAGCUUUUCUUUCCCAAACUGUCGUUUUUGUCUUAAGUGCCUUUCUAGUAAUCAUUUAUAUCCAUCAUUAGAUGUCCUUUUCCUCUAAACCAUUAUCAGUUUAUUCAUAUAAUUUGAUGUUUUUCACAAUAUAUUGCACCCCCUUUGAUCUCAUUGUAUGCGUGUUAAGUGUUUUAAUGUUGGAUUUGGAUAUACUGUGGGGUCCAAAAGUCUGAGACCACGCUGAAAAUCUGGGAUUCAGAAUCUAAUUUAAGAUUUUGACAAACUAAACCAGUAAGUAGUUGAUGUGUUUACAAUUCGAUAUAGGUCACUAAUCAAAUAUGCAAAUGUGUUUAUGCAACUCGAGUGCUGCUUUUAUUGAAGCAAAAAGGGGAUGCACCAAAUUCUUUUUUACUCAAAUUGUUAUACUGACAGUAUUUGUCAUAAAUAUGAUUUUUUAUUAUUAUUAUUAUUAUUAAAAAAACAAAAAAUGUUUGUUCAAUCAUUUUCACUAGUAGUCUCAGACUGUUGUAUCCCACUGUAUGUUCAGUGCAUUUUAUGAAUCUGCUCUCUCUUUUUUCUUGUAUGUAUGUACAUAUUCAUUCACCCAGUUGUUUAUGCUCAUGUGAGCGUUUGUUGCUCGGUAUAUCUGUGUGUCUGCUGUAGACAUACUAUGCGGUGUGUGUAUGUACUGAUGUAGGACUGAAAGCGAUGUUAUUUAAAAGCUGUUGAAGGUCUGAUAUGUUGCCGGGGUAACCACUUGGUAAGUAUCCUUGUGUCACUCGGCUCUUCGGCAGACUACUUUGAAUGUCUGGACUGGUUGCUUGUAUUAUAAUUCAGGCCUAUUAUUAUCCCAAUAAAGCCAAAAAACAAAUCAA